AGGUGGGCGUGCCGGCCAGGCGGGGAGGCUGGACCUAUAAAGCGCUCUCUGUUCCGGAGGAGGAGCGGCUGGUGCAGCCUGUGCUGGUGGGCGCGGUGCCCCGCAGCCUUCGGCUCGCUGCGAGACUGCGCAGGGGCCCACUGUCCAAGAAUCCGGCUACUGCGGGGCGCCUGCCUCGGUUUACCGCUUGGCGUCUGGUGAAAUCCCGGCAGCGCCUAGGCAAAGAUCGUUCUGCUCCGCGAGGGAAACAGAGCCGUUGACUAUGGUUGCAACCGGCAGUUUGAGCAGUAAGAACCCGGCCAGCAUUUCAGAGUUGCUGGACAGUGGCUAUCACCCUGAGAGUCUGCUAAGUGAUUUCGACUACUGGGAUUAUGUUGUCCCUGAGCCCAACCUCAACGAGGUGGUAUUUGAAGAAACUACAUGCCAGAAUUUGGUUAAAAUGUUGGAGAACUGUCUGUCCAAGUCAAAGCAAACCAAGCUCGGUUGCUCCAAGGUCUUGGUCCCCGAGAAACUGACCCAGAGAAUUGCUCGAGAUGUCCUGCGGCUCUCCUCCACGGAGCCCUGCGGCCUCCGAGGCUGUGUUAUGCACGUGAACUUGGAAAUUGAAAAUGUAUGUAAAAAGUUGGAUAGGAUUGUGUGUGAUGCUAGCGUGGUGCCAACUUUUGAGCUGACGCUUGUGUUUAAGCAGGAGAACUGCUCAUGGACGAGCCUCAGGGACUUUUUCUUUAGCAGAGGUCGCUUCUCGUCGGGCCUUAGGCGAACUCUGAUCCUCAGCUCAGGAUUUCGACUUGUUAAGAAAAAACUGUACUCUCUGAUUGGAACGACAGUCAUUGAAGAGUGCUAAGGAGGGAAAAACAAUGAAAGUUCUCUAAUGAGUGGAUAAUAAACCUCUGAAGCUGCUCAAUCA